AUGUCUCACUCUACCAGUGAAUCUGUUCCGGGCUUAAAGCAAAAGAAAGUGUUCAAAAUAAUAGUUUUGGGCGAUUCUGGAGUUGGUAAGACGUGUCUUACUUUUCGCUUUUGCGAAGGUCAGUUUUUAGAUAAAUCUGAAGCCACUAUUGGUGUGGACUUCCGAGAAAGAACUGUGAAAAUUCGUAAUGAAGAUAUAAAGCUACAGUUGUGGGACACCGCUGGUCAAGAACGGUUUCGAAAAUCGAUGGUUCAGCACUACUACCGGAAUGUACAUGCUGUUAUGAUUGUUUACGAUGUGACUAAACCAGAAACAUUUCAUUCUAUAGCUAGUUGGAUGCAAGAAAUUGAGUCACAUGGGUUGAUGAGUGCUCCGCGAGUGCUUGUUGGCAAUAAGUGUGACUGCGGUACACCGGAAUCUAGACUUGCCACAACGUAUGCACAGAGGCUGGCUGAUAAAUAUGGAAUGCCUCUCUUUGAAACAUCAGCACUUCUAGAUUCUGAAUGUGACAAUGUUGAGUCAAUAUUCAUGACACUGGCUCACAAGUUAUACUCAAAGCAGCCAUUGCGAGUUAUAAGCAUUGAAGGAGAACUAGGUCCCAGGUGUGUAACACUAACUAGGCAAAAACGACCCGCUCGCAACGAUACGUGUCUAUGUAGUUAG